AUUACAAUUUACAAAAUAUUUUGGGCGUGUGAUUCAAAGUUUAAACUGAAAUUGUUCGUAAGAAUUAAGGAAUAAGACAUUGAAAUACAAUUAAUACAAUACAAAUCCAUCCAGUAAUGUAAGCUUUUAAAUUGAGUCCUUCUAAAUCGUUCGUCAAAAUACAAAUCUCAUUACGAUGCCGUCCGCUCUUUGUAUGUUUUGCAUGAGCUUCAUUGUUUUAUACAGCGUUUAUUCUGUAUGUGGUCUCAUGUGUUGGCAUUGCGAUUCACUCCACGACCCCAAAUGCAUUGAUCCAUUUGACAAUCACUCGAUGCCAAUGAAAGAUUGUAAACUGGAAAAGUUGGACACAUAUCCCGGUGUGCGAGGUACAAUGUGCCGCAAAAUUCGUCAAAAAGUGUACGGGAAAUGGCGUUAUUAUCGGAGUUGUGCUUUUUUGGGCGAACCCGGCAUUGGCGGUGACGAACGUUAUUGUUUAAUGAGAACAGGCACACAUAAUAUAUUUACUGAAUAUUGUACUUGCAAUUCUAGAGAUGGAUGCAAUGGUGCAUCCAACUUUUCAUUUUCAUUUUUAAGCUUGUUGUUAGCACCAGCUCUUAUUGUUUACAGAAUACUGCUGUAAUGUGUUCAUCAAACAAUAUAAGUAGUUAUUAUCUUUAUCUGAAUAACUUUUUAAGAUUAUAGAACAUAGUUUUCAACAGGUAUCUAAUCAUUUGAUAUUGUUUAAAUUGUUAUGGUAUUUGCCAUGAUAAAUUAACUGAUAAUGUAACUGAUCCGUCCAUUUUUAACUUAUUUAAUAAUAAAAUAACAUUUAUAUUAAAAAUAUUUAUAGUUUGUAUUUUUUUUUUAUAUUUGUACAUGAGAAUUCUUAGAUUAUUUUGUGAAUAAAAUUAUUUAGAAUUAUUAAUUGCAACUUUAAAAUUAAAAUAUACAUGUAUUUUUAUAUUUUUGAUAAAUGAAGUUUUAAAAAGCAAUUUAUAGUUUUGUAUUCUACAUUUUAAAUUUGUGCGUGACUCCGUAUUAUUAGUUACUAAUUUUUAAUAACUAUUUUUUUAUAAUGGGUAAAUGAUCAAUUUCAUUUUUACUUUUCAUAAUAAUCCACUUUAUUUUUGUAUUUAAGUUUAAGAUUAUUUACUACACUUAACUGUAUACGAUAAGUUCUUUUUUAUAAAAUGGUUUAUAUAACUUACAAAAAUCUCUUUUAAAUAUACUAUAGAAUCUCAUUUAUUUAUUUUUUUAUCUUCAUAUUAUAUCAAAUAAUAGUUUUUUUUUAAUAUGUGUUACCUUUUCUAUUUUUUAAUUGUUGGUUAAAACAAUUGUUUAUUAAAUUGUUCGUCUUUAAACAAGUAAAUGUUAAUUGUAUAUAUUUAAACAUAUUAUUUACAACUACUUUGUUGAUUGAUGUCUAGAAUGAUAACUAUAUAAAUAUUAAAAUAUUAUUACAAAUCAUUGUACAAUUUUAAUUUAAUUUAAAUAUAAUAACCUAUUGCUUAUAAUUAAAUUGAUUUUGUAUUAGUCUCCAAAUCAUAAAUACAAUUCUACAUUAGUUAUUUCUAUAAUAAUAAUAAAUUCAAUGAUUAUUACUGAAUAUUAUGUUACUUUUAUUUUACUUGUAACAUAAUACAAAAAAUAUUAUUAAUAAAAAGUGUAAAAGUCAAUCAUGUAGUUGCUAACAAAUUUCACUAAUUAGUAAUUUUAGAACAAUUUUGAUUUAUCUAGUUUUAAAGAUUAUGAAUACAAUUGUGAAAAAUUAUAUACUAUAUAGACAAUAAAAAUGCAGUUAUUGCCCAUUCUACCACUAA